AUGCCAAUCGUUAAACCACCCAGAUUAUUAUUGUUAGGUGCACCAGGAUCCGGUAAAGGUACUCAAACAAAUAAAUUAUUGCACCAGUUUCCAAAGAUAAACUCAUUAUCAUCCGGAGAUAUUUUGAGAAAUCAGAUAAACUCGGGCACUAGUAUUGGUCUUGAGGCAUCUAAGUAUAUCAAAAAUGGUAAAUUAGUCCCAGAUACGACUAUGGUCAAAUUAAUUACAAAGCGGUUGCAUGAAAUGGAUUGGUUAAACAAAAGAUCAGCUUGGUUAUUAGAUGGGUUUCCUCGUACAUCGAACCAGGCUAUUGCAUUAGAUAAAACGUUGCAUUCUAAUGAUUCAAACAUCAAUAUGGUUGUUGAGUUGGAUGUAGAUCAAAAUGUGAUUUUAGAAAGAAUAGAAGCCAGAUGGGUGCAUAUUCCCAGUGGUAGAGUCUAUAAUUUAGACUAUAAUCCACCAAAGGUGCCUUUCAAAGAUGAUAUCACCGGUGAGCCGUUGUCAAAGCGUGAAGACGAUACUGCUGAAGUAUUCCAAAAAAGGUUAGAUCAAUAUAACAAGGAAAUUGGUCCAUUGAAGGAUUUCUACAAUAAUAAAGAUGUCUUGUAUAAAGUUAGCGGGGCUACAUCUGAUGUCAUAUUUCCUAAGUUAUCUAAGUUGAUAUUGGAGAGCUUUGGAGUAUAA